CAAAGAGUCUGUGACCAACAGCAGGCAGCCCUUCCUAGGACAUGGCUAACAGUCUCUCAGAUCUGAUUCAGCAUCGGGGACUGUGUCAAAUGAUCUUAGUGCUGGGAAUUGGUGGAAGUUUCCCAUAUGGGUUCCAUAUUUCUGUGAUCAACUACCCUUCCCUGCACAUUAGGAGGUUUAUCAAUGAAACCUGGAUACAGCGAUAUGGCUCUCCCCUCCGUCAAGAGACUGUCAUGUUGCUGUGGACCCUCAUUGUGUCUGUUUAUGGUAUAGGAGGAUUUCUAGGGAGCGCAUAUUGUGGCUACCUUACUACAAAAUAUAGAAAAAAGAAGUGUCAGAUUGUCACUAACCUGAUCAUGCUGGUAGCUGCUCUUUUCAUGGGCUUCUCUAAGAUGGUCAAGUCCUUUGAGAUGAUUCUGAUUGGACGCUUCCUAUAUGGCAUUGGUACAGGUUUCUCGCUCACUAUACAUCCUCAGUAUGUAGGAGAGAUUUCACCCAAGAAGCUGCGUGGAUUUUCAAACUCCACUGUCUCUGUUUUUCUGACACUUGGAAAAGUUUCAGGGCAGAUUAUUGGACUAAGAGAGCUCUUAGGAAAUGAAUCGUUGUGGCCAUUGUUGUUGGCUUCUACAGGACUCACAGCACUGAUUCAGCUGAUUCUGCUGCCAUUCUUCCCUGAUUCCCCAUCCUACCUUCUGAUACAGAAGGAUAAUGAGGAUGCCUUCAUGAAAGCCAUUAAGCAGCUCUGGGGUGACAGAGAUCAUCAAGCGGAGAUUGAUGACAUCCUGAAGGAAAAGGCUGCAAUUAAAAGCACUAAAAGCUUGCGAGUCCUGGAAGUAUUUAAAGAUCAGUCCUUGCGCUGGCAACUGUACGUGCUGGUCAUCGUCAUGACCACCUUGCAGCUUAGUGGCGUCAAUGCAAUCUAUUUCUACUCUUUUGAAGUGUUCCGUACUGCCAGGUUUGAAGAAGAUCUUAUCCCCUACUUAGCAGUAGGAGUUGGCGUGUGUGAAUGCCUUUCAGCUGUAUUGUGCAGCUGCCUUAUCGAGCGGUUUGGCAGGAGAAUGCUGUUGUGCGGAGGAUACGUUCUCAUGAUUUUUGUGUUAGCACUCCUCACAAUGACUCUCUCACUCCACAUUUGUGCUGGUGUGUUUUCUGGUUUCCAGAGCUGCCUUAUCGAGCGGUUUGGCAGGAGAAUGCUGUUGUGCGGAGGAUACGUUCUCAUGAUUUUUGUGUUAGCACUCCUCACAAUGACUCUCUCACUGCAGCAUCGGUUCUUCUGGAUGCAUUACUUCAGCGUCACGCUGAUCUUCCUGUUUGUUAUCUGCUAUGGAAUUGGACCCUCUGGCGCCACAGUAGCCAUAAUAACAGAAAUCUUCAGCCAGUCAUUCAGACCAUCAUCUUUUCUCAUUAAUGGAUGCAUCAGCUGGAUGUGGCUUUUUGUCCUUGGAAUGAUUUUUCCUUACAUUGUGGAACUCCUUGGACCUUUCUGCUUCCUUAUUUUUUUGGGGAUCCUUGUGUUCUCAUCAAUCUUCAUCUACCUAUUUCUCCCUGAGACAAAGGGGAAGUCAAUUAUGGAAAUUAAAGGGGAAUUUAAUAAGUUAAAUUUUGGAAAGAGUCAAGCUGUGGACACAGAAAAUAAUUUAUCUAAAGAACAUACCCUGUGUACCAAAUUCUGACUGCUCAGAUGGAAACAGUUAUGUAUUAGAGGGACAGGAAGCACUGUUGCAAACAGAUUGAACUAUAUUCCUAAUAUGGACUGUUAGUUUUACUGUCUUAUUAUUAUUUUGAUAAAAUUAUAUAGAGAUGAAAUUUUUCAUGCUUUAGUCUUAUUUUUCUGCAGAUAGCCAAACAUUUUCAAGACUGCUUAGGGCAUUCAAUUUGAACUCUAGUCAAUCCUGCCCCCGGAUUCAUUUACAUAAGACCUAUGCUUAAUCAGUUUCCCAUAUUACAGUGUAUCUUUCAUAUUGAACAAAGAAACAAGUUUACAAAAAACAGAGAAAUGGGACUUAAAAAACCCCACACAGUUGAGGCAACUCAAGAACGUGCAGUUCCUGAAAUUAUUUCUAUGUAUUCACAUAAGUUG